AUGCCCUCCCUGGAACCAAUUCCCACAGGAAAAGAUGCUGCCGUUGACUCAGGGUCUGACAACGAAGCGGACCCAGAGCUGGUUGAGCUCCUUCGUCAGCACUUGGGACUGAGUGGAAACGUCAAUAAAGAUCUUCCACCCGAGACUAAAGUGCUUGAGAACGCGCAAUAUGUUUUUGAUAAUGCCAUUGAUGUGGCCAUCACCCUUGCACAGACAAAGGAAGCCGCCGAAACUAUAUGGCGUUUAAUGCAGAAGAAGGCCUAUUCGACUCAGACAUGGUCAGAUCAUGACCUACACCCUCAGUCAAAGGAUGAAAGUACAGUUGAUUUCAUCUUCACUAUGGACUUAUUGAACUUCAGCUUCUGGUCUGAGGAGAAGGAUGAGUCAAAGCGGUUUUGUAUUGAAUAUCGUGGAAAAAAGUGGACAGGCUACUUGAGUUUGGUUGCUGCACUGCAAAGAGCUCUUGAUGAAGAUAUCCCUAUAACUACCCCUGACUUUUGGGUAGACGAGGACAAGUGUACUGAUGAGGUUCUGAGACACGUUUUCCGCUCUGCAACCGAUGAGGAGAUGCCUCUAUUCAGUGAAAGAGUGGAAUGCUUGCGUGAGGCUGGCGAGGUCCUUUGCGAUGAAUUCGGAGGUAGCUUUGCAAAUAUGAUCGAAAGCGCCAACUUCUCAGCUGCAGGCCUUGUCAAUCUACUUACCGAGUGUUUCAAGUGUUUCCGCGACGAGAAUGUGUUCCAUGGCCGGAAAGUACGCUUGUAUAAGAGAGCACAGAUUCUCGUUGCAGACCUGUGGGCUUGUUUUAACGGCGAAGACUUUGGCGAAUUCCACGACAUCGAUAAAAUCACCAUGUUUGCAGACUAUCGCAUCCCGCAGAUGCUGCACCAACUUGGGUGUCUCCGCUACUCACCACCACUGGAAAGCCAUAUUCGCAGGCUACAGCCCAUCACACCAGGCUCAAACUGGGAGAUUGAACUCCGAGGCACAAGCAUUUGGUGCGUGGAGCUAAUCAAGCGUGAGAUCGAGAAACGACACCCUGAAGUGAAGAUAGCUGGGAAGAUAGGCUUGUCAGAGUCUGAAGAUGAUUCUCAGUCGGACCAGACUGCUGAAACUGACCCAAAACCUCCCAGAACAUAUGGGAUCAAUGCGAUCCUGAUAGACUUCUUCUUGUAUGACACGAUGAAGAAUCUGGAGGCGGAGCACAACGAGGGUAUUCCUCAUCAUCGAACCAGAAGCAUUUGGUAUUGA